GCGCGCGCUCCCACACACAGUUUCUCGCCUAUGCUCGUGCAUAACAAGUAAAUAUCAAGACGAAUGUGAUACUUUAUAUCCGUAUGAUGUUAUAUCUUUAAGGCACAAUGUCUCGCUCGCUUCUUUAAUCACAUGGUUGCAUUAAACAAAUCGCGCGGUCAGCCGAUUAAAAGGACGUUUAAACGCCGUCAAAGAAACGUGUUUUUCGCAGAAUUUUUCACAUUUAAUCAAUGAAAUAAUUGUAUUUUCAAAGGUUUUUGAGUCACUGGAGAAGAUGUGCACAACACGGGACAUGGAGAUGCGUUUGAUGGAGGAAGGUUUGAACCCUUCAGCAGCCAUCGAUGAGAAAAUGUGUCUGCUGUGGAAACUUCUCAUGAGCAGCGAAGAGACUGUGAGAGCUCUCAAACAACAGAUCCAAGAUCUGCACAAACACCACAACACUGAGAUUGAAAAGGUUCAACAAUACGUUAAUGACAUUAAGAGUCUCACAAAGACACGAGAUUCUGUGGCUUUAGAUCUUGAGCAGGAGAACCAAAUGCUCCGUGUGACUCUGAAUGACAUCCACCUGCAGCAAGAGACACAGAGGAGCGAGAUCACCGAGAUGUUGCUUCAGGAAGGUCUGGCUGAUAUCAUUCCCAUCAGCCCCAGCGAACAAGUGGCCUAUGUCCUCGCAGACCGAGCCUCCCUGCUGGAGAGAAUACAGAGCCGGACUGAUGGCGAUACAAAGACCACCGGGCAUCCUGAUGGCAGCGAGGAGUCAGUGGCACAGGGGUUUGGAGAAAAUGUGGUCAAGCUUCAAAGCCCCUGGAAGAAGCUCCUGGGAUUCAGAAAAGCAUCUCAGAGUAAACAUAAACUGAUGCCCGCAAUUGAGCCACGGUGCAGUGAUGACAUCAAGGGUCGGACAGUACAAGAACUCGAAAGAGACGUGGAGGAGGCAUCUGUCCGGCUUUCCAUGGCCCACAAGGAGAUCCGCAGACUGACGGAUGAGCUUGAGUCUGCUCAACUGACCCAAAAGGCUUACGAACCAGAGCUGCAGGAAGCUCAGAUGGAGGUUGAACAUCUUCGGCGGGAAGUGGAGAAACUGAAGCGAUGUGAACUGGCUGAACUGCGAAAGACUAAAGAAAGAAAUGAGAAACUGGAGGAAGAAUUGUGCCUUCUGGGGGAGACAAAAAGGUUACAGGCGGAGCGUCUACGAUUCCUGGAGCGAGACGCAUCUGACAACGCUGCCAUUCCACCAAAACACAAGAAUCCAAAUGAGGAGGACAUCCCCAAACAGUGUGUCGAAGAGAUGCAGGAGCGGUUGAACAUGCUCAGAGAUCUGACGCAGGUCACGGUGAAGCUCCGGGUGGAGUUCGAGAUGGAAGCAGACCUGAGGAGGAGGACGGAGGAGGAGCGUGAAGAACACAAGAAGAAGAGGACGGAGGCGGAACGGCUGGCUCAGAACUUCCAGAAACUCUGUGAGAAACAAGCAGAAGAUUACAGGAGCACCGUCGGCGGCCUGCAGGUGGAGAUCAGAAAUCUGGUGAUGAAGUUACAAAAGUUAGAGACGCGAGAAGAGGAAAGACACUGUGAGGAACAUCUAAAGCAGAUCGCAUCUCUGGAAGAUGAAGUCUUCCAGCUGAAGUCGGUCCUCCGGGACGAGCAAGAGAAGACCAGACAGCCGUCCACAGCCAUGCAGGUAGAAAUGAACCAGCUCAGAGCUUUGAUCCAGUCCCGGGACGUCCAGGAUGCUGAAGGACAGAUGAGACUGACCGAAGAACUCAAGAGCACCAAACGUGAACUGCUCCUCAAGAUGACCACCGUCACACAGCUUCAGAAGAACAUCUCUGACCUGGAGCAGGAACAACUCAAGCUUCAGGAAAACGUAAAAGAUCUAGAAAACAGUGAACAGGAGACAGAAUCUCUCAAGACAGAACUUCAGCUCGCUCUUGUUACCAUAGACGCCCAGAGGAGUAAGUACAACAACAAACAAAUUCACUACAAAAAUAAGCUGAGCCGAGCUAAAGGGCUGUACCUGAGAGAAACUGCGUGGCGCGGUGAGAAAAUAAAAGAUCUGGACAAAGACAUUUGCAUCGUCAAGAAGCAGGAAGAAAAGACGACAGACAUGAUGAACAUGGUUUCAUCUGAAAAUGAGGCUUUGCUUCAGAACAAAACAGAUCUUCUCUCUCAGCUGCACGAUUUGGAAGAAAAACGGAAGAAUGCUUUGGAUGCAGUUUCCAGCAUGCAGAUGAGAAUGAAUUUGCUUGAGGAAGAAAAUACUCGACUACAGGAAACAGCAGCGCAAAUGUGCAAUCGCAUUGAAAGCUUGACAGUACUGUCUGAGACGGACUGCAGCGACGUCACCGCUGAGAUUCGUGUGAUAGAGGGCCAAGACCAAACCACGCUCCCCAUGUGAAACCAUACAUUUGUUUUUUUUGUAAAAUUUGUUUGAUUAAAUAUAAUUUAUUUUAAAUAAACAAAUUCCCUUAACAUCUUUUACUGUAUCUAAGGGUAACAAUAAGGUUGUACUUGCAUUAGUAAAUGCAUUAAAGGAACAGU